AUGAAUGAUCAAUACAUGGACACAGAUGGUUGUCACUGUAACUCAUAUUACAACAAUGACAGGCGUACUAGGUACUGUCCAUUUCAGAAUUACUACUUUAAGAACAAUUCUGGGACAUUUACGGACAUGUCCAACAACGAAAUGGACAUGAAUGGCCAAUACAUGAACAGAAAUGGUCGUGACUACAAACCAUAUUACAACUACUACGGGCGUUAUAAAAAAUGUCCGUUUUGGACUUACUUCUUCAAGCACUAUCCCGAAGCAUUAUUUGACCGGUCCAAUUAUCAGAUGGACAUGAAUGGCUGA